UUUAUAUACAAGUGGAUUUCGCACUGCCAAAUUGCUAUAAGUCAAAAUAUAGGGUAGUCGGGCGGUUCACUCGUUCGCACCGUGUCGCCGGGUGUGCAUCGACUCCGUAAUUUUUUUAAAGUGGGUGCGUUCGUGCGUGUUCUCACGCUAGCUCGGAUUAGGCUCUACCAACACGUGGAACAAAUGCGCGGUACUACAGUGCCUUUAUAAUAAUAUUGGAAAAGGGCAAUAAGACUGUGUAACUAUGGGGUGCAGUGCGAGAUUCUGUUUACUGACUCUAUCCUUGUGCCUUGUGACUGAACUUGCAUUUGGUGUGAGAGUGCUACCCAAGCGGAAAAAAGAAGCAAUCCCUGAUGAUCAAUCGACGUCAGCGUCAUGGUGGCAAUCGGGAACAGCGACGCCUUUCCGGGACAAUAGUAAUUCAUUCGCUUCUACACACGGACUCGUUCAAACACAUCCGACCGGCAGUGAUCCGUUUAACACGUUCGGUUCAGUCGAUAGCACAAUCGGGCCAUCAGCGAAUCCCUUCGUGCCAACAAGCGGCAGCGGUCCGCUUAGUGGUGCCAGCUUCAGAAGUAAUCCGUUGCCUCCUUUGGCGAGAACCGCGAAUGGAAAAUUGUCUCUGAAACAUUUGGAUUUCACGAGCAGCGCUACAGCUGAGCUUAGAAGAAAUCCCGCAUUGUCAGCCCCUGAUGAGUGCGCAAGAGCAUGCAGGGAAAAUGAACCACCAAGAAUUUGUUACUAUCAUUUCACCCUGGAAUUCUACACUGUUUUGGGAGCGGCUUGCCAAGUAUGUACACCUAACGCAACCAACGUAGUUUGGUCGCAUUGUCAGUGCGUAUUAGCGGACGGAGUCGAACGUGGUAUCUUAUCAGCUAACAGAAUGUUGCCUGGUCCUUCUAUACAAGUUUGUGAAAAUGACAAAGUAGUUAUCGAUGUAGAAAAUCACAUGGAAGGUAUGGAAGUUACCAUUCACUGGCAUGGAAUCUGGCAGCGAGGCUCUCAAUACUAUGACGGCGUGCCAUUUGUUACCCAAUGUCCUAUCCAACAAGGAAACACUUUCAGAUACCAAUGGCAAGGUAACGCUGGUACUCACUUCUGGCAUGCUCACACCGGUCUACAGAAAUUGGAUGGUUUAUAUGGAAGUAUAGUCGUUCGUCAACCACCAUCCAAAGACCCCAACAGUCAUCUGUAUGAUUAUGAUUUGACGACUCACGUUAUGUUGCUCAGUGAUUGGCUCCACGAGGAUGCCGCUGAGAGAUUCCCUGGUCGUCUAGCUGUUAACACUGGUCAAGACCCCGAGAACGUGCUUAUUAAUGGAAAAGGGCAAUUUAGAGAUCCUAACACUGGAUUUAUGACGAACACACCUCUUGAAGUUUUCACCAUUACACCUGGCAGAAGAUACAGGUUCAGAAUGAUUAAUGCCUUUGCUUCAGUUUGCCCCGCCCAAAUUACAUUCGAGGGUCAUAAUCUGACAGUAAUAGCGACCGAUGGAGAGCCGGUGCAACCAGUUAAAGUUAACACAAUCAUUUCGUUCUCCGGUGAACGUUACGAUUUUGUCAUCGAAGCGAACAAUAUCCCUGGUGCGUAUUGGAUUCAAGUACGUGGACUUGGAGAGUGUGGUAUUAAACGAGCUCAACAACUUGGUAUACUUCGUUAUGCUAGAGGACCUUAUCAACCAUCUUCCACUCCACCAACCUACGAUGUGGGAAUACCACAAGGAGUCGUGUUGAACCCAUUAGAUGCAAUUUGCGACGUCAAACGUAACGAUGCAGUGUGCGUCAGUAAUUUAAAGGCAGCUAAGCCUGUCGAUAAAGCAGUACUGCAAGAGCGACCUGAUGUGAAAAUAUUCCUGCCCUUCAGAUUCCAUUUCUAUAAACCUAAAGACCUGUUUAAAGAAAAUAUGUAUAAAAACUAUUUAGUGGCUCCGGGUGGUGAUCACGUUCUAAGUUUGGUCGACGAGAUUUCAUAUACAGCCCCACCAGCACCUCCUCUUUCUCAAAUGCAUGAACUACCACCGGAGCUGUUCUGCAAUGGCGACAAUAGACCUGCUGACUGCUCGGUUGAUUGCAGAUGUACGCACAUGAUCGACGUGCCUUUAAAUUCCAUUGUUGAAAUAGUUCUUGUUGAUGAAGUACAAUCACCGAAUCUGUCUCACCCAUUCCAUCUCCACGGAACGCCGUAUAAUGUUAUCGGUAUGGGUCGAUCGCCAGAUAAGAAUAUCAAGAAGAUUAACUUGAAGCACGCACUAGACCUCGACAGAAAGGGUCUUCUGCACAGGCAGUAUAAUUUACCGCCCUUUAAAGACACACUCGCCGUGCCCAAUAAUGGAUACGUUGUAUUGAGACUGAAAGCUGAUAAUCCAGGCUAUUGGCUGUUCCAUUGCCAUUUCAUUUACCACAUAGUCAUCGGGAUGAACUUAAUAUUACACAUAGGAACUCAGAGAGAUCUACCGCCCGUGCCGCCGAACUUCCCGCGAUGCGGUCACCAUCUACCGUCAAUAACGUCACCAGCGUACUAUCCAAUUCACUAACAUUAGAUCAUUGAUGAUCAUAGCGAUCUAGAAAGGUAUUGGCUAUAACCUAAUAUACCCGAGAACAUCAGACACGCGUACUGCCAUAUUUUAUUGUGUUGUUAAAAAUAUGAACAACGUACGAACGAAAUAAAUUAUAUUGGACAAAAGAUCCAUGAUAAACAUCUUUUUAACUAGAAGACCAAAGUUAUCAGAUAUAUUGUAGCCUCCUCCAUUAAUUUACUUUCAUUAUUAAUUAUCUGUUUUUCUUAUUUGUUAUUUAUAUACGUCUCUUUUUUAUUUUGUUCGAUGAACGAAUAUUUCAAUUGACGUAAACUAUUUUAGCGGAUUUUAAUUUUUUUAUUUAUUAUCAAUUUAAUUAUUUUUCUUCUUUGACGAUUCGGGGCUUGAUGUGUAAUCCGUUAAAGUUUUUACCUCAAUUUUUUUUGUUACUCGUUUUAGAUUUGUACAUAAAACAUAGUUAAGCAAACUCGCAUAAUAUAACCUAGUGAUGAUAGAUAUAAUUAUAAAGUACGUUCGUACAACAUUUUUCAUUAGGUAUAAAAGUCAAAGAAAUUUGAUGAGUUUAAUAUGUAAGGGCAUGUACACAAAUAGUUGCUACGUCUCAAACAGAGUCGUACUGUGGGGACCAUUUACGUCGAAUAGACGUCAUAUAUAAAAUAAUUUACUAACUCAGCACAAACUCCAACCAAUUAUUACCUUCUAUUAACUUUUCUCAUCAGUUUGUAUAAAUAAAAUUUGCAAGUGAAUUUUAAAGCUAAUCCAACCGAUUGAGCUCGAAUUGUGCACAUACUUUUGGUGCUAGUAACUAAAAUAAGAAAUUUGAUUCGUUUUAAUAAAUGCAUCGAAUUAUUCGAUAUAAGUGUUUUAAAAUUUUUCUUUUAUUAUUUCAAUAAUUCUAUUGUGUACAACCGCCUUUGUGUAUCAGAAACAAAAUUAUUCAUAGCCUCAAUUAAAUGAAAAGUUCGAUGUAGAAUAUAUUUAAUACGAAAAUGUUUUUCAAUAUUAUUAAAUUAUAAUUAUCAUUUCAUUCCUUGAAAUCAAGUCGCUUAGACUUGAGACCGUAAUUUUAAUUACGGCGACUAACGUUUACGUCACAUUUUAUAUUAAUAAUAUUAUAUAUAUGUUAGCGAUACUUAUAUAAUUUUUAUAUGUAAAUUAUUAAGAGCACUUAACGAACAUUUUACUUCUAUUGAAUGUUUAAAGAAUAAAACUGAUGUUGACAUAAGUAAAUAGUCAUUUAUAUUAUUUAAAUUAAAAUA